GGGACACAUUUCACUGACAUACUUAAAUACUUCCAUGCUGUUUAAUAUCUAGAAUACAGAAUUGGAAGCUCGUCAACCAGGCAGCGGGUGACGCAUCAGGAUGACAAACAUCAGGCGGUAUUUUGUCAACCACCUGCUCACCUUCUCCCUCCAGAAUGGGGAAGUGCAGAACGUGGAGGAGGCCCAGUCCCGCCUCCUCUUCCUCGCUGAAAGUGACAAGCUGUGGAGCCAACAGAUGCUGCUGGAUGUCGGACCAGAUGCUGUUUAUCUGAGAGACAUACAAACCAAAGAGGAGAUAGAACAGUACUUCUUCGACUCCAUCUUCCGCUGCGAGGCCGUCAACUCGGAGGAACUCUUCCCGUCCCUCCUCCUCCUGGUGAGCCAAAGCGCUAGUGAGAAGAAACCGGACAUUCUCUACUUCAGCUGUGAGCCGGUCAAGGCGGAGGUCAUCUGUGACAGCAUCACACAGGCCGUUUCCAAGUUUAACAAGACCAAACAGACCAUUCAGGAUCCAAUCAGGUAUUCCCACGGUGGCGCAGAUAUGAUUGACCCCUAUGGAAUUCCGAACCCACCUAUUCCACAUGCUCCCAAUGCCCCGCCAACCAACCCACCACCCUACCCUGGACGUAGAGCAAACGGAGGCCCCGACGUCACCUUACUCCGAGCCGAGAGAGAAGUGUGCAUCCUCAACCACUGUUUCGACGACAUCGAGAGCUUCAUGUCCAAGCUGCAGCAGACGGCCGAGGCCGCCGUCGUGCUCAAAUCGAGGAACAAGAAGAAGAAAAGCAAAACGAGCGCAGAAGAGGACCUACUCACCAUCAGGGCCAGGCCUCCGCCUGAGCAGGAGUUCAUUGAUAUCUUCCAGAAGUUGAAAUAUUGCUUCAGCCUGCUGGCUCGUUUGAAAUCAGCCAUAUCCAAUCCUUCAUCAGAAGAGCUUGUCCAUCAUGUCUUCAAACCUCUGGAUAUGAUGGUGAAGACAACAGGGGGGCCAGCACUCGGGGCCUCCGUGUCCAGCCCCGCCCUGACUACGGCUGCCGUGUCCCUGCUACAAGACAACCUGAACGUGGAGGAGAGGCAACUGUGGACGUCGCUGGGUCCCAACUGGACGCAUGCUCGCUCGGAGCUGAGAGGGCCCAUAGCGCCCUACACCCCAGUGUUCCUCGAUGGCUGGAAGCCAGAGACGUUCAGGGCGGACGGGCAGGUUUGGGAGGAUCCGGUCGAGUCACAGCACAAACAUGAAGCCCUCCGAGUCAAACAAGAGCAACAAGCCCAGCCUCCUAACAACCACAUGAAUGAUGAAACAGACAGCCAAGGACAUUAUCAUGAAGCUGCAAAAGUCUACAGCUGCAGUUACGACUUCAACGCCAGGAACAACACUGAGCUGUCCGUGCAACAAGGCGAUACGCUCGAGGUGCUGGAGUCCUCCAAACGCUGGUGGAAGUGUCGCAAUCGCUUCAACCAGGUGGGCUUUGUUCCCUUCAACAUCCUGGAGCCCGCGGCUCACGUAGAGAGUCCCGUCACCAGCAUCAGGCCGCCCUCUGCUCCAGGCCCGCCUCCCCUCCCCAAGACCUUCACCAGCGUGCCACCCAGCCCACCUAGUCUGCCACAGAACCCUCCUGUCUCACGGCCACACAGCCAGUCCGCCUACAUCCAGCAAGCACCUGCAGUAGAAGACGACAAAGUUAUGAUGGUGAAUGACGAGCUACUCCAGAGGCUGACCAACGGAAAGGCCAUCAACAAACCUCUGGUCAUCCCUCGAUCCACGGAGACCUCCCUUCCUCUCGACUAUCACUCCGACUCAGAGGAGGUGAUGCAGUGGCUCCGAGGGAAAGGCUUCAGUGACCCGACGGUCACAUGUUUGGGAGUCCUGACAGGUGCUCAGCUGUUCUCCCUCAACAAGGAGGAGCUGCGUAGCGUUAUUCCAGAGGAAGGCGCUCGAGUAUACAGCCAGCUGGCGGUGCAGCGAUCUCUGCUGGAGGAUGCUCGAAGGGCCACGGAGCUGGAAGCAGUCAUGGAGAAACAGAAAAUGAAGGUGGAUCUGAAAAUAGAGAGCAGCACAUUGUGAGAUGUGUCAUAGAUGGACUAUAUAGCAAUAUAAUAUAUACAUACCUGAAAAGAA